GAGUUUGGGGGGAGGAAGAUAGUUGGGUGCAGACUGAAGAAGGGAGAGGAUCAGCAGCAUCGGACCCCUAGGAAGGACAUUGGCGGGGAUAGCUGCAGAAACUAGCGGGUGCAGGAAGGGGAGGGACUUGUUGGGGGUGAGGCCCCAGCUUUGGCUCUGGGGCUUGAUCGGAAAAGCUGUUUCACCGUUGCAUGUACUGCCCCUUUCCUCCCUUCUCUCUCUCUCCCUUCCUCCCCUCCAGUCACUGCUGCACCCUCUCAGAGAUCUGCAGCUGUCACCAUGUCUCAACCCGGCAAAGGCAAGAAACCCGCAGCCUCCCCCCGGCCCAAGCGGGCUGCUGCUGCCAGGGCAGAGGAAGCGCAUGUUUAUGAAAAAAACAGUGGAACCCCUUCCAAAGCAGGGGAGAAGAAAAAAUCUGAAACAACUGAGGGAAAAAGAGCAAGUCACAGUAGCAGUGACCCCUCCAGGAGAACAGCAAAUAGAACAACAUCUAGUACUGCACCUACUUCCUUUCCUGAUUCAACAAGUACUCUCAGUAUGAAUCCCAUGGUAACCAAGGCUACUCCAAUCAAACAGACCAAAGGACUGCAUUAUCAUGACAAGAAAAGGAAAAAUCCUCAGCAGGCUGAACAGAUACAAACCGAAGAAAAAUCACAGUCAACUAAGGCUACUGAACCUCAUAUGAAAGAUGCUCAUAAAGAAAAAACAAAGGACGAUAAAAUGCAAAAAAUCCCCGAUGAGCAGUUGGCUGCAGAAACUAAGGAUUCUUUAUUUGGAAAAGACACCCUCAACCCCUCUGACCAACCAACACAAGACAAACCAAAACAAGACAAACCAACAGAAGGCCCCCAGAACAAAGAAAAUGAAUCCGUGUCUCUACCAGAACUAGUAAAAGUUGAAUCCAGUAAAUCUUCUGAAAAGCGUUCCUUGGAUGAUGCUUUAGAUGACUUAGUAGACACAUUAGGAGGAUUUGAAGAAAAUAAACCUGAAAGUCCAAAAUAUACAGGACCUCCUGUUUCGGAUUCAUUUUCUUCCACUUACGUAGAGGAACUGGGCAAAAGGGAAGGCUCAAUUCCCCCAGAAUACAGAAAACUAUUGGAAAGUCAUGAAGGAGCAUCCAGAGAUCCACCAAACUCUGAGAAAUCAAUGGGAGAGGAUGAAGCCAUUGAUAGCCUGUCAUCAGACUUCACUUGUAGUUCUGCAGCUCCAGGAAAGGCAGAAGAUAAAGAGAAAGCUUCAGGAGAAGAAGUUUUAGAAGCCCAAUCAGUAAACCUAAUCAAAAGUGCUGUUCCUCCAGAUGAGAAGAAACGAAGGAUUGAAGAGACAGCCUCUGACAAAGCUGUAGAUGAUCUUUGUGAAACACUUAGCUAUGCAGAAGCUGAACCUGAGAUAGAUACAAGCUCCUUCAAAGAAGUCGAUGAGGUAAAAUCCAAAGAAGAAAGACUAAAGAAAUGUGGUGAACGUGAAGAUACCCUCCCAGCUGACUACCACUUAAAACCAGCAAUGGAUAAAGAUGGGAAACCUCUAUUACCAAAGCCUGAAGAAAAACCCAAGCCUAUGAGUGAAUCCAAACUUGUGGAUGAAUUAUCCAAAGAUUUUGAAAGCCCUAAACCUCAAGGAAAACAACCUAAACCAAGUGAUAAAGCAAAAAAAUCUGAGACUCCAGUCCAUGCUCCUGUGAAAGAAGUUGUUUCCAAAACUCGCAUGUGCGUUGUUCAGGAAGUCCCUCAAAAGCCUGCACCAAAGCCCGAACAAGUAUCAGAUGAUGAUUUGGAAGCUUUAGCUGGCAAUCUACCAAAGAACGAAAUAGAUCCAGAGGAAAAGAAACCUUCAGUGGAUAAAGGAAAGUGUGAAGAAAAAAAACUGCUUGAGAAAAAACAAAGAGAAAAAGUUUUGCCUAUGAGUGAAGGUGAUAUCCUAGAUGCUUUGUCAGAGAGCUUUUCAUCUUCCAAAGCACCUGUAACCCAAGCUGCAGUAUCUGCAGCACAUCAAAAAGAUGAAGGGCCUGAUGAUGCAUACGAUGAACUUUCUCAAUCCCCUGAACCAAGAAAACCAGAUCCUGAUGAGAAGAAGCCAAUGGAGGAUAAAGUAAAGCAAAAAGAUGAAGGGCCUGAUGAUGCAUACGAUGAACUUUCUCAAUCCCUUGAACCAAGAAAACCAGACCCUGAUGAGAAGAAGCCAAUGGAGGAUAAAGUAAAGGAAAAAGCUAAAGCUGAACAUAGAGAUAAGCUGGGAGAAAGAGAUGACACCAUACCCCCUGAAUACAGGCAUCUUCUUGAUAAGAAUAAUCAGGGUAACCCAGAAAAGUCAUCACCCAAGGAGUCCGAGAAGUUUCCAUUUCAGAAUUCAGCAGAUGAUAAUGACCCCAUUGAUACACUUUCAGAAGGAUUUGACAAAUAUUCCCAAAAGCCAUCUUCAGAAGGUCCACAGAAAUUGGCAAAGAAAAAGGAUGAAAAGGAUGUUUCCAACAAAUCUGCUAAGAAUGGUGGAAAAAGCAAGACAAAAGAGAAAUCUUCCAGGUCAAAAGCUGAUGGAGAAAAAACAAGUUAAAAGUUCAGACUACUGAACCUACUUGGGCUAUCCGCACAUGCUAGAAAAAUCUUAAUUCAAAUGGUGGAUGGUGACUUCAAGCAAACCAAAGACUCUUGCAGCAGAAAGCAAUUAUUCAGGGUGGCUUUUGUAUAGUGGUAUCUGUGGAGUCUUUUGACAUUCUGAAAAUUUUAGUUUCAUGUUCUUUUCCAGAAAAUGACUGGGAUAUGGCUUGGUUGCCUGUAUUAUUGUAUUGAUAAACUUUUUUUUUAAUUUUCUUCACUUGGGAUGGAAAGGAUCCUUUAUAUUUUUAAGAAAUAUAUUUCAUAAAGUUACUUAUGGCAACCAAAACAAAGUCUGCAAACUUUUGCACAUAUUCUACACACAGUGCCUCUCAAUUUUAGCAGGUUUCUUCUGGUUUCCAAUAUUUUUUUUAAAACACAUGAGAAAUGCUUUCAGAGUUCUAGAAUGUUCUGAUUGCACCCCUUUGCCCCUUACCCCUUGACUCAUAGGUGGUACUAGACAUUUCCUUGGGUGACUGACAAAUAAGAACUUUUAGGUCAAAUAUGGAAUAUUUUGUGUAAGGUUCAGAUGUCAGCAACCACCAUAGUUGCGGAUAAUAAAAGGGCAAUAAAAAUCCUGAAUAGUGCUUUUUCUACAAAGCAGGAAGCAGAGUACAUCAGGUGACUUUUUUUCCCUCAGCUCUUCUCCCUUUUCCCCAUAAAGGUCUUCCUGGGCUUGCAUGUGAACAUGAAGCAUAUACUUCAUGAGGCUCAGGUAGGAAGAUUAUAACAGAACAGAAUGUGGCCUGGUCCUGAGACCCUGAACAGGAAAAGACUUGAUGCCAAGGAUGGACAAAAAUAAGUUUUUGGAAUGCAUCUGUGCCUUCAGUAAUUCAUUUUUGGUUUUGUAUUCAGUUCUGCAUGUCAUUAAAGAUGAGUGCAGGUGUCUGAUAUAUAAGACUUGAAUAUAAAUUUUAAAGCAAUAUUAAAAUGUUAGUCUCUGCACUAUACCAACUUUAUGAAAAUUAAGUUUACCAAGUAAGGACAAAAGUAAUUUUGCUGCUUACACACACACACACACACACACACACACACACACGUGAUGUUUUAUCUCCUUACAAUUUGAGUCAAGCUCUGAUGCUUUAGAACAAUUUUUUCAUUCCAAGGAACCAUGGAGUACCCUGAGGUGGAGGGUUGGGUUGGAUUGAGUUUGAGUUUGAUGAACAAUAUUGAGCAUUAAAAAUAAUUUUAGAAGGCUUGACUGCAUUGGGCUAUUCCAAAGUUUUGAUUAGGAUUGUACCAUUGCAAAAAGUCUGAGAACCACUGUUCUGGAGAUGUAAAUGGCUAAUAAAAUAUUUUGAAGGUAAAAAAGUAUAUGAACAUGGCACUGAACAUAUAGCUGAAUAUUAACAGUUGCUUCAUCUGAUCUAUAAAAUUUUUGAAUUCCUGAUACUGAAUGAGGAGAAGAAAUGCUAGGUUCAUAUCACAUAGACCAAACUUUAAAAAUUAUGUUUUUUAUAGAAUGUAAUAUCCCCAAACACCACACUUAGAAAUUUUAUGUAUAAAGACAAACCUCUGAGACACUGACUUCCUUGAAGAAAUCAAAGAUGUUUUAAAAACGAAAGAUGACAACUACCAACGCUUCUGAUGGCUUCUGAUGGCAGAUAAGCCCCAUGGAAUGAGUACUAUUUGUAUACUUGUAUACAUCCUGGUAGCAAAGUUUUUAAUAGGUUCUAGGUUCUGAACACAUCCCAUGAUUGAGAGAGAAAGUUGUUGUCAGGUACACU